CGUAUCCAGUGGCCAGUGCAGAACCUGGCCUACAAGAGCCAGGUGGUGAAGGAGCUGGUUGGCAACCUCCUCCAUGUCCUCCAAGUGCUCUCGUCAAAUGGCUUCUUCCCGGUGCUGCAACCAGCCAUCGGGGUGGGCAGUUCCUUCGAAGGCUGGAAUCCCUGUGAGGAUGAUGCUGUCUAUAGCCUGCUCGUGCCCUUGCAGCCCCCCCGUGGGCACACCUUCCACCUGGAGCUGGGCACGGCAGGGGAGAUGCCAGCGAACGACUCCUGCGUCCGCGUGGAGCUGGAGUGCACCUGCAUGAGGGAGCAGCUGGCAGAGAACAUGCUGUGCUUCCUCCACCACCCUGAGGAGGACCUGAGGAGAAAUCAGGACCCCAGCCUCCUACGCACCCUCUGCACCAGCUCCUACCUAGAUGUGGAGAAAACUGCCCUCUGGUUCCAGAACUGCGUGAGGUCAACCUGGGUGGAGGUGCCUCAGUCACGUCGCUACAGUAUGAAGGUGCUACCCUCCAGUCGCUCCUGCAAGCUGCAGCUGACGAACGCCUUCAGGAGAACCUUGUCCGUUGAGAUGAUGUUUGGGGUGCAGCAAGGCGACUCGGACAUCUUCCUGAGCAGCCAGACUACAGAGGCCAUCUCCACCCCAAGCACAACGUGGCCAGAGAGCUACGCUGUGGCAGAGGUGAAGUUCUUCAGGCAUAUGGCCAGGCACGCCCCACCUAAUAGCUUCCACCUCAAAUGCCUGCAGCUCUGUGCCCGCAUCCUGGUGGGCACAGGCUUUUCCACCUAUACCUUGAAGACAGUUGUGAUGCACCUCCUGACCACGCUACCCCUGUCAGGCUGGCGCAGGAGGCAUUUCCUGCUGCGGCUGCAGGAUAUCAUGCGAUACAUGCGCUGCUGCCUGGAGGAGAAACGCCUCGACCACUUCUUCUUUGGCAACGAGAGGGUGCCUGAGGAGAUCGUCUUGCCCCCAGCCUUCCAAGCAGCUGAGCCACUCAACCUCUUCCAGCACCUAGUCCAGGAUCCGGCCACUCAAGCUGAGGCACUGCAUGAGUUCAUGUUCCUGCGAGAUCGGCUCACAACACUGCUGAUCUACGGCCGCUGA